AUGUGCCGACUUUCUGUGGAAGCCUUUAAAAAACUGCACGACAUUGUCGGACCCAGACUUGUAAAGAGAAGUCGCAGGCGUCCAUUGUCGUCCGAAUUAAGAUUGUCGAUAACGCUGAAUUUCUUAGCUCAUGGUGACAGCAAAAGGACACUGGCAAAUUUCUUUCGUAUAGGCCUUAGUACCACAUACGAAAUUGUCUCUGAAGUUUGCCCAUUGAUUUGGGAUCUACUCUCGCCAAUAUAUAUACGCUGGAAUACACCGGAGGAAUGGAAAGCUGUCGCAGAAGGGUUUCGUGUAAGGUGCAAUAUCCCUAAUUGCUUAGGCGCCAUUGAUGGCAAAGAAAUAAGGAUCAGAGCUCCUCCGCAUUCGGGAAGUUGGUUUUACAACUACAAAAAAUUCUACAGUUUUAAGCUCUUAGCCAUAUGCGAUGCGUAUUAUCGCUUUACUUGGGUGGAUAUCGGAGAGUAUGGCAGUCUUAGCGACUUAUGUGCCUUUCGACACACUAACUUAUUUCAAGCCCUUGAGCUGCAACAAGCUGGUAUUCCUGACAGAAACAGGUUGCCGAGGACGAAUCUUCAAGUUCCAUAUUUUUUCAUAGGUGACGAAAUUUUUCCCCAAGCAACAUACUUGAUAAAACCUUUUGCUAGGCAAUACGUCCCUACAGAUAGGCAGAGAACCUUUAAUUACAGAUUGUCCCGAGGUAGGAAUGUUAUUGAAGACGGUUUCGGAAAGCUUGGUGUUACUUUCCAAGUAAUAAAUCAUCGAUUAGAUUGUGACUUGAAAACCGCAGAAGAUAUUGUGAAAGCUACUUUAUGCCUUCACAAUUUUAUUAUCGAUGAAAAAGUUAACGGAAGACCCACCAUCCGCCGACAAUUUGUGCGACAAAUGCGUAAUUUGCCUUCUUUCGACGAAAUAUUGCCUGCAGACGAAAUUGAUGUACACGAAAUAAUGACAGCGUAUUUUAAUUCAAGGGAAGGACAAAUUAUUUAA